UUGUGGUGCUGGGAGGAAGCGUGCAGAGAUAAGAAGCCGAUCCCGUGGGAACCCGGUGAGUUCUUGCAGCUGAAGACCCUUGGAGCGGCUAUCAUGGCGCAGGUUUUGAACCUGAACAAUGAGGUUGUCAAGAUGAGAAAAGAAGUGAAGAAAAUCAGAGUUUUAACAAUUCGGAAACUAACUAGGCAUAUUGCUAAACUGAAGGGGAAAAAGGGUACUGAAGAUGCAGUGUUGAAAAACCGCAGACGUGCGCAGAGAUUACUAGAAGAAAUUCAUGCCAUGAAGGAAAUAAAACUUGAUCAGGUUACCAAAUCAGCACUUGGGAGAGAAAUUGACUUUGCGGUUAUCUGUAAAAAGCCCAGUUCAACAGCAAGAGACAGAGCAAUUGCUAGAUUGGCAUCUCAUCCAUUACUGAAGACCAAAAUUGCUAAUAUUAAAGCUGCGGUGGAAGACUUUAAAAAUGCAAGACAGAAGCCAGCUAGAGCUAUUUCUUCAACGGAACAAAAACUGGAAGAGCAGCUUAAUAAGCAUCCUGAGGAGAUCCAGCAUUCUGUUAGUAGCGAAAUACUUAAACAAGCUGAAUCGCAAGAUAAAACAAAGGCGAUUGAAAAAGCACAAAUUGAUAAGGGGGAAAAACAUAAUUUUGAGAGUAGAGUACAGAAAAUGGCAGAUAAUAUGAAAAAAUGUCUCUCACUCACUUCUGCUGUGCCUGACACAGAAAAUGACAAAUUAAUCCAUCAGGAUCAAAUUGGAAACUCCGAAUAUUCACAAGAAAAAGUACAUUUGAAUGACAUUGUGAACAAGACAGUAGGUGACUCUGAUGAAGAUAUGGAUAAAAGUGAGGACAUUAGAAAGGAGGAACGUUUUGAUGACAGUACAGAAGAGAGGUUCUAUAAUCAGUCUUCCGGCACUGAUGAAAGUAACAACAAUGAUGAUUUCUUCAUUGGCAAAGUAAAGAGAAUGAAAAAAAGGAGAGCGGCUAAUGCUUCACAACCUACAAAACAAAAAAUUAAAGCUAUGCCACUAAAAAACCCAAAGGAUCCACAAUGUGACAGGCUAUUAGACCAAAAUUCAAAAGACAGCAACCAGAGUUCAAAAGCAGGGAAGCUAGAAUCUGUGUUUUAUCAUUCAUUGUCCAACAACAAAGAACCUAGAAUUGUGAGAAGGAAUAUUAGAGGCCAUUAUAUGAGAGACAGGGCAAUUUUUGAAAAAAAUCACCCACAGAAACGGAUGUCUAAAAGUUCGGCAGUGAAACAUACUAUUGAGAGGAAGCCUCCACAGCAACCCCUUCAUCCAUCAUGGGAAGCAAGCAGAAAAAUGCGAGAGCAAAUAUCUCAAAUUACAGCAUUCCAAGGGAAGAAAAUUAAAUUUGAAGAUUAGAAUUUUUUUUUAAGAUUGAAUCGCUGAUUUUUUUAUUUUUAUUUUAUUUUUUGCAGUGUUACACAUUGACAGUCCUGCAGAAAGUAUGUGAAGCGGUAUAAGCUAAAAAAAUUUACUUUGAGGAAAAAUAAUUUUUCACUGCACAACGUUCUGUUUUGACAUUGACACUUUUUCUCAAUCAUAUUUUUUGUUUAACUUAUAGAGAUUUUGCAUAAAAAGAUCAGUGGAUUGAUUCUGGUCUGUUGACAUGUAUAGAAAUUUUUCGUGGAGAAUAUUUUGAAUAUUGAAGGUUGAUUUUGAUUGCAAGAUUGAUUUUAUGGUUGUUUGUUUGUUUACUUUUGCCAUUUAGCCCCUACUCAACUGCUUCUUUCCUGUGAUUAUGAAUAUGAAACAGAAACAUGAAUGCAGUCUGCAGAAUAACUGAUGAAUCUUAUGAAAGUAUACUAGUGCCUUUGAAAUAUUAUGUUAUAAUAAAUCUAUAGUUUAAAAUACCACAUUGCUUUAUUUAUGGCAUGAAAUGUAGCCUUUCUGUUUACUUUCUAUUUCCUGAACAAGCUGAAUGAAUAAAUGUGAUGGCCUGAUUAAGCACCAUAAACUUUAAAACUAGAGUGUGCUUGAACGAAUAUUUGUGGAAUAUUCAGAAAAGGAUUCUUCUAAACAAAUAUAGUUGAUAUAAAACCAUAAUAAAAAUUGAAAUGGA